AUGGCAGCCAGCGAGAAACGGUUGUCUUCGGUGGAGCGUCAUGCCCACAUCGUCGAUAACGUUGACAGCAUCAACAAGGGCGAGAAGCCUACUGAACACGAUGAGAAACGCGACUGGACCGGUACCACGAGGAAGACUGAUCCGGAGGAGAUCAAACUCGUGCGAAAGCUUGACUAUUGGAUAAUGCCAACUCUUUGCACAAUGUAUUUUCUCAACUACGUCGAUCGGAACGCAAUCGCCCAGGCGCGACUUAACAAUUUGGAGGAUGACUUGGGUAUGACGGGUACCGAGUUCAAUACCACAGUCUCCAUUCUCUUCGUCGGUUACGUGCUGAUGCAGAUUCCUUCCAAUAUGUUGAUCACCAGGAUACAGCCGGGUAUAUAUAUGAGCGCAUGGAUGUUGAUCUGGGCUGUGGUGUCUGCCUUGGUUCAGAACUAUGGAGGCCUUGUGGCCUGUAGGUUCUUCUUGGGGAUCACUGAGGCUCCAUUCUAUCCCGGUGCCACCUACAUGCUUUCCAUCUUCUACACUCGCACGGAAGUUGCCGCCCGCAUCGCCGUACUUUAUUGUGCUCAAAUUCUUGCCACAGGUGUCUCGGGCCUGAUUGCCGCGGGAAUAUUUGCCAAGAUGGAUGGACUAAGAGGCAUAGCAGGCUGGAGAUGGCUCUUCAUCGUUGAAGGAGCGGCCACCGGUCUCGUCGCACUCGUUGGCUUCUGGUUCCUCCCUAAUACGCCCCUCACGACGCGUUGGCUUAACGAGCAUGAGCGUGAGCUAGCACAUUCACGUAUGCAAAGGGAUAAGGUCUCGGACUCUUCGGACGUCGAGGCUUCAGCUAUGGACGGCUUGAAGCAGGCCUGCCGCGACAAGCGGACCUGGCUCUUUUGUCUGAUGCAGAACUUUCAUCUUUCGGCAUGCUCUUUCAAUUCCUUUUUCCCUACUGUCGUCAAGACCCUCGGCUUCAAUACUACCGUCACCCUUGCGAUGACCUGCCCGCCCUUCAUCUUUGCCGGCGCUGCUGGAAUUGCUUUCGGAUGGAGUUCUGGACGCCUGCACGAGAGGACGUGGCACAUCACCGGAGGUCUGAGCGUUGCCAUUGUUGGCUUUGCACUUGCGGCCGCCACAUUGAAUACAGCAGCCCGCUACGUCGCGUGCUUCAUCUUCGCGAUGGGUGCUUACAGCGUCAAUUCGGUCAUCAUUGGCUGGGCGUCCUCAACACUGUCACAGACUAAGGAGAAGAAGGCCGUUGUCCUUGCCAUGACAAACGUCGGCGGCCAAAUUGGCUACAUCUAUGGUGCUUACCUCUGGCCAAGUAGUGAUGGACCGCGUUACGCUAUCGGUUUUGGCGCCUCAGCAGGAUUCGCCCUCCUCUCGAUUUUGUGUGCCUGGUGGAUCCGCGUCUUGCUUACUGCCCACUACAACGACUAA